AUGAAUAUCUCUCUCACAUUACUAGGCUCAUUAAACGAACACAAAGGAUGUAUCAAUAGUAUUAAAUUCGACUCCACUGGAGUCUAUUGUAUGACUGCUGGGAACGACAGGACAGUUCGAUUAUGGAAUCCAUCUAAAAAGUUACACAUAAAGAAGUUUUUCGGCCCUCACAAUUACGAGGUUAACGACGUGUGCCUUAGGGAAGAUAACAAAAACUUUGUAUCAGUUGGCGCUGAACACUCUGCCUUUCUCUGGGACACUCUGGAGGCCAAGAUCAUAAGGAAGUAUAACCAUGGGGGGAAGAUUUGUUGUUGUAACUAUGUUUGGAGAAAUGACCUUCUUGUAACUGGUAGUGAGGAUAAGAUGGUAAAGGUUUGGGAUAACAGGUCGAAAAACCCAGUCCAGACUUUUCCAGACGCCAAGGAUACGAUAUCAUGUGUAGAUGAACGGAAUUCUACUAUUUCGGCCUCAUCUAUGGAUGGUCAUGUUCGUCAUUACGAUCUUCGUAAAGGCGUUUUGAAGGAUGAUGUUUUCACUCAUUCAGUAAUUUCGUUUUCAAUGUUCACUGGAGUACCAGAUUGUUAUAUUUUAGCCUCUCUUGAUGACACGAUAAAACUGGUUGAUAACGGCACUGUUCUGGCAUCUUACAGGGGCCAAACCUACGAUAAUUACAAGGUUAACUGUGUUUUUGACCCCUUUGAAAAGUUUAUCAUUUCCGGCUGUUCUUCUGGCGAUAUUUUAUUCUGGCCCAUUAAUAACACUUCAGAAUCCUGUGAAGUACUGGUAGAGUCGGCUCACAAGGGUGUCAUCACCACCUUAUCAUUUUCAAAUCCUGAGCUACUGAACUCCAUGGGAAAGCUUAAAAAAGAUGUGGAAAAAAAUGUCCGUGAAUUGGUUUUAAGGGAGGACAACCUACUAGUCUCUGGAGGUAGGGACGGUCACCUAAAAAUUUGGAAUUUGUCCUAUAACUACCUAUAUUCUAGCAUAAUACAUUUAGAUAUUGAACAUUAA